CGUCUUCUUACUUUUGUUCAGCCUGGUCCUGGGUGAUGGCUCCGCCUGGGGAUCCGCGGCGCCUCUGCAGGCUCGUGCAGGAGGGUCGGCUGCGCGCCCUACAGGAAGAGCUGGAGGUAGCGGGAGGUUACCAGAGACCAGAGAUGGCCGGAGUCUUCCAGAGGCCAGCUGGGGAUACCCUUCUCCACUGUGCAGCCCGCCACGGGCGCCAGGACAUCCUAGCCUACCUUGUGGAGGCUUGGAAGAUGGACAUCGAGGCUACCAACCGAGACUACAAGCGGCCUCUGCACGAAGCUGCCUCUAUGGGCCACCGGGACUGUGUCCGCUACCUCCUGGGCCGAGGUGCAGUCGUGGACUCCUUGAAGAAGGCAGACUGGACUCCUCUGAUGAUGGCUUGCACAAGGAAGAACCUUGAAGUGAUCCAGGACCUUGUGGCGCAUGGUGCCAAUCCACUCCUGAAGAAUAAGGACGGCUGGAACAGUUUCCACAUAGCCAGUCGAGAAGGCGACCCUGUGAUCCUCCGGUACUUGCUCACUGUCUGCCCAGAUGCUUGGAAAACAGAGAGUAAAAUUAGAAGAACUCCUUUACACACUGCAGCAAUGCAUGGCUGUUUCGAAGUAGUGCAGGAGCUUCUUGAUAGAUGUCACUAUGAACCAGACUGCCGAGACAGCUGCGGUGUCACACCCUUCAUGGACGCCGUUCAGUGUGGCCAUGUUAGCAUAGCAAAGCUGCUCCUUGAAAAACACAAGGCUUGCUCUUCAGCUGCAGAUACCCUGGGGGCCCAGGCUCUGCACCAGGCAGCAGUCACUGGGCAGGAUGAAGCCAUACGAUUCCUGGUGUGCGAUCUUGGUGUGGAUGUAGAUGUCAGAGCCGAGUCAACGCAGCUCACAGCACUUCACUAUGCAGCUAAGGAAGGACAGACAAGCACAGUUCAAACUCUGUUAUCCCUGGGAGCCGACAUCAACUCUAAAGAUGGAAGGAACCGCUCAGCCCUGCAUCUGGCCUGUGCAGGUCAGCAUGUGGCUUGCACCAGGUUCCUCCUGCAGUCAGGACUGAAGGAUUCCGCAGACCUGACGGGCACCCUGGCCCAGCAGCUCACAAGGAGUGUAGAUCUCCUGCAGGACUUCUCCCACAGAGCAGAAUCAUGAGGACGCUUGGAGGAGGAGGCAGGGA